CAAACAACGACUUCUCAGCCAGCCACUCCAUCGAAGUAUCCCUUGAUCAGUGCACAUCCCGAGCGCCGAUGGCCAGCAGACCAAUCGCCGCCAUGUUGGGAGACAACCAAACUUUGGAUCCAAUGCGCAAUGACACCAUGCUGCUUGGAUGAACCAAGAAAACAUGAGGUUCCAUGAUUGGUUGCGAUAUGGAGAUGGAGGCGUUCCUUGGCGUCUGUCAUAUUCUAGUUCCCGCCCGGUUGUCGCUAUUUUUGUCGUCCUCCUCAAACUUACGGUGUUGGCCCCUCCGUAGCCCGAUCGUUGGCUAGGCCUUUUGGCUUGGGUAUCGUCGAAACGUAGACCUUAAUUAUCAAAAUAUAUCUUUUCCCUGAGCCUAGCAACCCGGAAACCACCGCUCACAUGCCAAAACGAUCAGCAGGCUGCUUUGAAUGCAGAAAACGCAAAGUGCGUUGCGACGAGGCGCGGCCCGAGUGCAAUACUUGUACGCGACGAGGGAAACAAUGUCCGGGUUAUCGUCCGACGCAGUCCUUUGUGAUCCACAAGUUCGAUGAGCAGAACGAGAAGCCGGCCAUCAUCCGAGAAGAUGAGAAUCGCUACCGAUUUGCGCAGCAACAGAAAACCAAUAACAAUGUCGUCCGCUUCCAAACCGAGCACGCACGCCCAGUGGACCAACCCGUACUCACACGGGUGAGUCCCAUCGCUAUCGAGCGGGUGCAGUAUGUUGGCACGUUCAUCUCGCUCUAUCUGCCCAAGGCGGAAAUCCAGGCGCUUCCACCUCCUUCGGCACUGAUUCUCUCGUUGCCUUCAAUUCCUGCGAGUGAGACUCUGCUUGCGGCAGUUGACGCUUUGGCAGCGGCUCAGCUUGCAGUUGCAAAUCGGAACUAUACCCUCAUCAAUAGAUCCAGGUCUCUAUACAGCACCGCACUAUCGCGAAUGCUUCUUGCUGUACAAUCCCCCACUCAGCAACUGGAAGAUGAGACACUUCUGGCAACGUAUUUACUCACUUUGUACGAGGUGUUCGUAGGUAUCACCCAGGGCCAUGGGUUCUUCUACCAUGUGCAGGGCCUUCUGCACCUCAUCAAACUGCGUGGUCCAGAGUCUUUCAAAACCAGACUGAGUAUGCAGAUAUUCCACGCGAUACGAUAUAAUUCGUUAUCGAUCGGGUACCACCUGAGAAAAGCAUCCAUGCUGGACUCGCCGGCCUGGCUGGCAGUUACCGAGAAGUCCGCAAAAUUAGACCCCUACGUUGCGCUUCAAGAUAUCUGCAUCUGUAUUCCUCGAAUACUCGAGCGAACUGACAAGCUCGCCAACGAGACUGAUUUUCAACAAUCUCUUGAUCUGCUCAUCAAUGAUGCCUCAAAGCUGGCGCAGCGAGGAUUCGAUUGGUUCGCGAGUUUCGAACAAGGAACUCCGCGAUACCAUAAUGUAGACAUCACCCAAAUAGAAGGAUUCGACGACAUCAUACAAGGUGACCGCACUUUCGACCCUGUUUUCUAUUUCGACACCUUUGGCGCGGGCAUUUGCUACAUGAUCUAUUGGAUGAGCAUGUUAAUUCUGCAAUCGAAUACUUUCAGGCUACUCCGACAACACCGAAAACUGGAGCCCAAAGAGUUGUUUCUAUGGGAUCGCGAAUUGAGCAGCUACGCGAACUCGAUAUGUCGGAGUGUGCCAUUCAAUUGUCGACCGAUGACAGGAUCGACGGCUAGAUUUGGAAGUUUGACGCCGCUCGUGGUAGCGAGGAAGUACUUCGAAGCGAAAAAAGCCGAGAAAGAGCAAUCUUGGUGCGAGCACGUUUAUCAAGGCGCUCGGGUACCAGGACUUUAUUCGACUCCAAUUCCAAUGGAGCCACUGCAGGGAUUGCAGAGACUCGUACAGUCGUCGGGGAGAUAUCUCUAA